AUGGUGAUGUUGAUGGGAUUGGAUAAGGUGAUAGUGAUGGUGAUGGUGAUGAUUAUGGUGGUGGUGAUGGUGAUGAUGUUAUUGAUGGUGAUAGUUCUGGUGGUAGUGAUAGUGAUGUUGAUGAUGAUGUUGCGGGAUAAGGUGGUAGUGAUAGUAAUGGUGAUUGUAACGGUGUUGGAUAAGAACAUAGUGAUGGCGAUGUUUAUGUUGAUGGUGCUAGUGAUGGUGAUGGUAACGGUGAUGGUGUUGGAUAAGAAGGUAAUGAUCGCGAUAGUUAAGUUGAUGGUGUUGGAUAAGGUGAUAUUGAUGUUGAUGGUGAUGGUGAUGGUUAUUGUAAUGGUGAUGGUGAUGGUGCUGGACAAGGUGAUAGUGAUGCUGAUGGUGAUGAUUAUGGUGGCGUUGAUGGUGAUGAUGUUGGUGAUGGUGAUGUUGAUGAUAGUGAUGAUGGCGUUGCACAAGGUGAUAGUCAUGGCGACGUGA